CGCGCCACGCCAGCAGUCGCCGGCUCCGCCGACCGGCCGACCGCCCAGCCGUCGCCUCCGCCUCCACCGACGCAUCGCAGGUCGACCAGCAGGAAUGAGGGGAGACUCUUAUUUCAUUGGGAUGAGGAGCCUGGGGCAGCAGGGGCACAUCCCGGAAGAUGGAGGACUCUUCCUGCUCUGCUGCAUAGACAGAGACUGGGCUGUGACUCGGUGUUUCACGGAGGAGGCCUUUCAAGCAAUCACAGACUUCACGGACCUCCCGAACUCACUGUUUGCAUGCAACGUCCACCAGUCGGUGUUUGAAGGGGAUGAGAGCAAGGAAAAAUUUGAGGGUCUGUUCCGGACUUAUGAUGACUGUGUGACGUUCCAGCUAUUUAAGAGUUUCAGACGUGUCCGAAUAAACUUCAGCAAUCCCAAAUCUGCAGCCCGAGCCAGGAUAGAGCUUCAUGAAACCCAGUUCAGAGGGAAAAAAUUAAAACUCUACUUUGCACAGGUUCAGACUCCAGAGACAGACGGAGACAAACUGCAUUUGGCUCCACCACAGCCCGCCAAACAGUUUCUCAUCUCACCCCCUGCCUCUCCUCCUGUCGGCUGGCAGCCCAUCAGCGAUGCCACACCAGUCCUUAACUAUGACCUCCUCUAUGCCGUGGCCAAACUAGGACCAGGAGAGAAGUAUGAGCUCCACGCAGGGACUGAGUCCACCCCAAGUGUCGUCGUGCACGUGUGUGACAGUGACAUCGAGGAAGAAGAGGAUCCAAAGAUGUCCCCAAAGCCAAAAAUCAUCCAGACCCGGCGUCCUGGCCCGCCGCCCUCCGUGUCCAACUGAGCUCACUGCUCCACCUCGAAGAGAAUACCUGUCUCCUCUUUAUCAUGCUUCCCCCCCCUGUUGUUUGUUUGUCAAAAAAAAAAAAAAAUUUAAUUGCCUUUAAA